AUGUUUUUAAGCUUGCUGAGUGCCAAGCUUUCUCGAGGGUUAUAGAGAAGGAUUUGUGGCUGUUGGCCUGAAUUAAGACAUGAAGAAAUACAGAGAACGAUGGAGAGCAAAUUCUGCAUUUUGACCGACACAGAAGACCUCAAAACCCUGAUUUCGAGUACCGAAGAGAGUCUGCAAAUUGAAAGGACCAAGACAUUGUUUGAGGAGAUCCGUGCAUCCAUCAACAACAAUGAUGAAGAGGACCGUUCCUUUUGGAGGCCUGUGCUCCCAUGGGGGGGCGUCUACACCAUCAGGGCAGGGAGGAAGGCCAUCUCAUGCACCCCUCUGUAUGUUAAGAUAAGCCUAAAGAACACCUGCACCAUCGAUGGGUUCCUCAUGAUUCUUUAUGUCAUUCUGAGAGACAACCAGAGCUUUCCCCGGGAGGUGGGCGUAUUCCUGGGCAGGCAGUUUGUGGAGCAUUUCCUCUACCUGAUGGACUCCUAUGACUACACCACCGUUAAGAUGCUGUGGAUCUGGGACAGGAUGUCCAAGAGGCAGUACCGCUCAGUGAUCCACCAUGCAGCAUUGGAGAUCGACCUAUUUGGUAACGAACAUGAGAACUUCACCAAGAACUUGGAGACAAUGAUGUCUACCAUGCAGGAGAGUCUGUGCACCAACUGGAGCUGUCCUGCUCGUUUCCAGGAGUUCAUACAGAAAACCAUCAACAUCAAUCCUCCUCAUGAGCUGCCCCCUAGAGAUCCCAUUCAGUCAGCAGUGGAUGAGUUCUUCUGUCCCAAGAUCAUUCUCUGCAAAGAACUGGGGUGUAAUGGGUUGAGGGAGUUCUCUCAGAGGGUCUUCUGCCAUGGACCACCUCCUUUUGUCAUUCUCAACAUGCAGCUUUGGAAGUCUGAGGAGCUGUCCUAUGUUCCCUACCAUCUGGCCCUGUCCCAACACAGGUACUCACUGGAGGGCGCCACACUCUUCAACAAGGAAGAGCAUCACUACUCCGCAGCCUUCCAGAUAGACGGCUACUGGAUGCACUAUGACGGGCUGAGGAGCGACAACCUGAUCCUGUUAAACAAGCCCCCUGAACUCCUGCUGCUCUCUUCCCUUGUCUACAUCCGCGCCUCAGACAAAUGAGAUGCACUAAUGUAACCAAGCAGGGAUGGGGUCAGUUCUAUUUUUCAUUCCAUAAUUUCAGGACGAAUAGAAAUUCUCCUGAAUUUACUUGAAUUGAAAAGGAAUUGACCCCAAUUGUGUCACCAUGGUUCAGAAGGGACACAGAAUGAAGGAGGUAGACACUAGACAGCACUAAUAGGAAGGCAUCUUUUGAAAAUUGCACAUCUACACUAACACCUUCCUGUUUAUUGCCCUUCAUUCACAGAAAAGAGAAUCCAAGUUACCUUACAUUUGGCUCAUGAUGUUUGUCUUCCAUCCCUCAGUGAGCUCUUACCAGAUACUUUUAUCACCUAAUCAUAUUUUAUGAAUCUUUUAUCUAGUUUGAAAAUGCUUAUACCACAUUUCCAAACUUUUUAUGACUUUUUGUUUUGUUUUAUACUUUGAGAUGACUUUUUGGAAUGAUGUGCUCCAUUUUGCCUGACUGUUGCCUCAAACGCUCACUGUGCAAAAUGAUAAGUGCAUCUUCUCUUUGGGCAUGCUUGGAAUCCAAGAAUAUAUGCAUGGACUAUAAUAGUUCUGGGCAGGUAUGCAUAUUAUUGAAGAAUCAACUCAACCUUAAAUAGCUUUACUGCAACAAAAAAAAAAAAGCUGAGGUAAAGUUUGCAUUUUGUUGUCUUGGGUGGGAUGGCUGCACUUUCAGAGAAGCAAAUUUGGCUAAUUAAACUUUGACGUAGAAUUGUCAACAGGGUAUAGGCUAGACUAGUGAAGCAUCAGAGAGAUUCUACAGGACUCAUCUACUACAAUCCAUUUGUGCAUAUUUGCCCUGACCUCAGAUCAAACUGGUGCUUUUUUGUACUAUUUUCCAUUGUCGUUUAAAAACAGAGUAUUGCUUUGCAUUUUGUGGAAAUUCAAUCAUUAUCCUUGAUUUACUUGCUUGUUUUAAGAUGUCCAUUGGGCUUCAACUUGGUGGAUGUGAAAGUCACACUGCAUUAACUUGUGUUUAAAAUGAAUACAUGCUCAAAUAAUUAUUGUAUAAAUUGUCAUAUAAAAUGUAUCAUUGGACAAAAUAUCAGUUCUGUCUUAAAUGUAAGUAAUUACUUGUACUUACAAGUACCCCCGCACAGUGACAGAAGUGCUUCUUGAGUGCUUGACUUUCAUAGUAGCAUAUAAUACCCUGCAUUCAAUUUAUUCUGCACAAUUCAAUAACAAGGUACAUUACAUCCAAUCUAAACAAGAUGUCAAACCUUUAGUAAAUAUUAGUAUACAAAUGUGAUUUUUUUAAUGCAUUUGAUCAUUUGGAAAUAACAUUACUGCUCAUCACAGGCUUCAUAUGCAAAAUGUAAUGUUAAGCAUAGAACCUCUGCCAAUUUAUCAGUGUACAAUUUAAUCUGUUGGAACUACAUAACGAAACUGUCUUCGAGCAACAAUCCUUGUGUUCAUGUAUUGAAUGGUGUUUUAGUUAAUUUUUUCUAUGCAGUCAUUGAAGUCUUUUUAAAAAAGCAAUACAAAUAUUUUUUAUAUUCUA